GAAACCUACAAGGAAGCAUUGAAGCAGGCCACAAGAGUCCUUGAGGUAGUGAGUGAGGAUCCAAGGACCAAGAGACAGCGGGAAGGUAGCUUCCCAGUAGGCUUCCCAGCUGCUGGCCCGGGUUAUAGGGAGAAAAGGACCUAACUUUUGCGCAGGCUGGCCUCGACCUUACUGGGGACCAGAACAGGGACCGUCGAGGAGCUGGUGAAGUGCAAAGGGCGCAGCUGAGGACAGCUACCAGAGCUUCCUCAGAUGCCGGCUGUCUGCAGAGCUCAGCCUCCACGCCUUCUAAUGCGCGGGGCUCUCCCCUGGACCGGUCCUGUUGUGCCUGGCCUAGCCUGAUGGCUGCAAGCGAGACAUGCCUCAGCGGACGAGGGGCCUCCGCCGCGCGUUACUGCGUGACAGUCAGUGGCACAGUGGUCCUGGUGGUGGGGACAGUCUGCUUUGCAUGGUGGAGCGAAGAGGAUGCAGCUGUCCGGCCUGGCUCCCUGGGCCCCACGGUGGAGCAGCCGAUGCCCAAGGGGCCCGAGACUUGGCUCAGGUCUGUCAGCUUUUUGUGCUGUGGCUUGGGCGGCAUGCUUCUGCUCUUUGGCCUGCUUUGGUCCAUCCAGGAAAGUACAAAGAGGUCGAGCCAGGGGGACCUGUACCAACUCUCCAGAGACCUGUACCACCUCGCCGUAGAGUCCUCUGAGAAGGAGGGCUGCAGGCCUCCCAAAGAGUUUGCUGCCAUUCCCACUUACGAGGAGGCUAUGUACUGUCCACUGGCUGAGGGUCCCCUGCAAACCCCCGUGCAGCCGGAAGAAGACCUUCAGUGCCACGGCCCAGAGGAUGCCCUGCUGGGGUCGCCAUCCCUCUCACCCCCACCCACCUACGAGAGCAUCGUCCUCGCUCAGGGGGCUGUUUCUGGUCUAGCCCAGGCUGAGCUCAGGCUGCAGGGGAGUUACAGGGCUCCAGCGGGCUGUGAAACUGGUCCCUAACCCGCGAGCCUCCUCCAGUGCUGGGCUCACAGCAGGCAAUUCAACAAGAACUCUGCCGCUGGAUGCUGGUUUUGUAUCGAGAGCGCCGUGUAAGAGACCGCCUCCACGUUAGCUGGCUUUAAAUAAACCCUGCUUUAUUACGUCUCAUCAUUCUA